AUGUUCAAUGGGCAAGACUUCGACUUCCACGGAUUCGGCGGCUCUGAGCCUCCAGCGUCCAGCUUUACAGAUUUGCUUACGGAUGAUACUUGGAUGGCUGGCUCUUACUACUCGCCGCAGAUGAUGCCCCUGGAUCCGGUCGACGCGUCUUUUCGUCCUGCAAGCAUGCCUUACCCCUCUUACUAUCCAGACGCUGUCGCAAACACGUCCUCAAACACGCGUUCGGACACGUUUUACGCGCCCUCGCUGCCCUCGACAAUUGCAAGUGUGACACCUUACCAAGAUACCGCCAGUAUCAGCAGGACCCCUCUUCACUCUCCGCCAGCCGAGCCUCCUGUCGAGGGGCGCCGGCUUCACCUAAAUGACCUUCUCACGGCACCAGCAGGCCCCGCGCCCGUCCUCUCUACGCAACAAGCUACUGGUACCAUCGCCUCCUCCGCCAGCCAUGACAAGACCGCAGUCGAGGUUGCAAUGGAGGCCUGUCGGUGGACUCUAUCCGCGAACACCAACAGUGAGGUCGAUGAGGAGGAGGGAGGGCAGGAGGACUCUGAUGCCAACGCCAGCAGCGUCAGCGCUGGCAACGCCAACGCCGGCAGCGCCAACGACGCCAACAGCAACGACGCCAAUGGCAAGAAACGUCCCGAGAACUCAUGGUCGUACCGCAACCCCAACCGCCCGGUUAUCCCCACUAAACCCCCCGCAAAGCCCCUCACUGUUGAGGAGCGCGCGAAACGUGACGCUCUUCGCGAGCAGAAAGCCGAGCGCGACGCCGCCUUGCAAGAAGACGUGAAGGCACGCAUCGUCACUGACGACAUCAUUGACUCACUGGCUACCAAGCACGCGGUUCCCUUCAAGACUGUUGAAUCAAUGUUCUUCCGCGCCCAUGACAAGAAGAGCCGCGAGGUCCGGCUCUGGAACGCGAAGGUUUUUCAUGAGGCCCCAAAGAUGGUCUAUCCAAAUGGCCUCACGCGUCAGGAGAAGGUCAAGAUGCUUCAGGAUCACGUCCGCGAACAGGUGUACACCCCGGAGCAAGAGCAGGCAAUGAUCAAGGCCCUCGAGGAGCAUCGUCUUAUCUCAGCGUUGGCGGUGCGUUGUUCCAAUCACGCGGCAAACCAAGACGCCAUCGAGACCACGAAGAAGAUCAUCAAGCUUCUCGAUGACCUCCGCACCCGUGCGGGUAUUUACGGAUGUGUCAUGUUGGUGCGCGGUCACGUGGACGAUAUUAUCGAGCCGGUCAUCUACGGGACCGACAACUCCGAAGACUUUUUUGAUGAGCAGCUGGGGGUCGCGGCGGAUAUGGUUAUUCGUAAGUUCGAGUCGUGGGUGUGCAGCUUAAACGAAAACCUCGACGAGCGCGAAUCGAACAAUAUUGGCAACGUCCGCAAGCAGAUUACGUCCGAGGUUAUCGAGGGCCUACGCUUUGUCACGCAGAAGGACAACGUCAGGAUGUCGUACGAAAACUACCAGGAGGGUGUUGUCGAGCUCUAUGGCGCCAAGCUGACUGGAUGGCCCAAGACCAUCCCGAUGAUCAGCCCCUCCAACAUCAGCAAGAGGGUGACUUUACGCCGCCUUCGCGACAUGCUCAAGCGCAACGAGAUCUUCUGGGAGACACUCGACGGUAAGCGUACAUCAAAGCAGCGCCGCCGUGUCACCAAGGCCACUGCAUCCAAAUCCAACAAGAAGUCCGUGGCCAAGGGCCCCGAGCGUGCCUCUGCACAAUCGGCGUCCUCGCAUCGCAAGAUCGUCAGCCCCGCAACGAUUGAAGACUCUGAUGUCGACUCAGAGGCUGACUAA